AUGUCGACAAGCACCGACCCCUGCUGCCCCCAGUUCUGGGAGAAAUACGCAGCCGUCAGGGCGCAAGAGCUGCAGGAGGACAUCAAGAAACUGCCCAACAAGCUUGUCGCCCGACCAAAGGACACCACACCCGCAGUGAUAUCCUACGAGAGCUUUCUGGAGCCGAAAUCCGUCGAGGGCAAGGUCACGAUCGAGGACAACGAGAUCCACAAGCUCCUCCGCAGCUACGGCGAGAUCCGAUACUUCUACAAAUCCGCCGCGCCACCUCCAGCCGACCCGUACUGCGACCUGGAAUCGGAUGAUGACGAUGAGCCAGCCCGUUUGAUCACCGUCCUCGUCGACUUCCCAGAUACCCUCACCGUGGACGCCGCCAUGCUCCGCGGCCUUACCAACGAGUUGCCCGACAUCUCAAUCCCUGGAUCGGCCAAGAAGGAAUGUCCCAGGUGGACCUUCGACCUCCCUGCAUCCCCCGAGACCGCCGAGCUCUUCCGUCUGGAGUGGUUUGCCAGACAUCUCGUGGCAUUCGACUGGGCCUUCAUCUUGAUUGCGUACAAGCAUGGUGCGCCUCUGUACAUCGACGACCGGGGCAAGUUCAUCGACAGGCCCACCAGGAGCCAGAAAGAGGACAAGGCUGACUUGAAAGACAUCUGGACGGAACCCAGCGCCACCGGGGAGGUCCUUCCUGCCAACCUUGGCUACGACGUUGUGCCUGUCCCGAGGAAGAACUUCAAUGCUAAGCGUUGCUGA